AAGGGGGCAGGCUUAAAUCAGCAGGUCAGCUGGUCUCCCAGCAACACAGUGUAAAUAACUUGUUGAUUCAAUGUGGGCUGCUGGAGAGCAUGAAAGAGCAGAGGAGAAAUGAAUGAAACACUGAUUUGACCCUGGUUAUUUAAUGAGCUAGCUUAAGGGACGGUAAGGUGCAUCCUGGAAGCAAGACCCCGAGGCAAAAGUACAGGUCAAACAGGCAGCUGAUGGUUGCUUGCUAGCAAAUGGGGCUGUUUGACAAGUUGGCAUCAUGGCUGGGGUUGAAGAAGGAGGUGAAUGUUCUUUGUCUCGGUUUGGACAACAGUGGAAAAACCACCAUCAUCAACCAACUGAAGCCCUCCAAUGCCCAGGCACAAGACAUCGUCCCAACUAUUGGCUUCAGCAUUGAGAAGUUUAAGACAUCCAGUCUUUCCUUCACAGUGUUUGACAUGUCUGGUCAAGGCAGGUACAGAAACCUCUGGGAACACUACUACAAAGAAGGCCAGGCUAUCAUAUUUGUCAUUGAUAGUGUAGACAAACUGAGGAUGGUAGUAGCCAAAGAAGAACUGGACACAUUACUAAACCACCCUGAUAUUAAACACAGGAGGAUUCCUAUCCUGUUCUUUGCGAACAAGAUGGAUGUCAGGGACGCUCUGUCUUCUGUCAAGGUCUCACAGCUGCUCUGUUUGGCAAAUAUCAAGGACAAACCCUGGCACAUCUGUGCCACCGAUGCUCUGAAAGGAGAAGGUUUACAGGAGGGAGUCGACUGGCUACAAGAUCAAAUCAAAACAAUGAGAACGUGAGGGAAUGAACAUGGAUGUGCUGGAGGAGGCAGCAUUCCUUCAUGUCUUAUGUGAAAGAUUUAUUGAACCUGUUUUCCAUGGGAGGUACCAUGGGAAAGUGAUGUUUUUCAUUUGGUAUUUAGACGGUAAACAAAAUCAUCAAAUGAUAACAUGAUGCUUCUGGUACUAGUAGUACAAGUACAAAUGAUUCCACUGACAAUGGAAUCAAUAUUUCAAUGAGAAAUAUACAAACUGGAGACUAACUAACACAUUAUUUUUGGGCUUAAUCUUAUUUUCCAUGCAAACGUUUUGAGUUUAAUCUAACAAUGUAUUUAUUAGCUUAAACUCUCUGUCUGAAGGGGAAGUUACAUUAUCCCUCCCAUUUCUUAAUAUAUUUGUGUACUAGGCCAACAGAGAACAGGAUGAGCAACAACACGCGUUUUUUUUUAUUGGUGCUGUCUUCAUUUUAGGGAGCAUGGAUACCUGGAAUGUUUUGGACAAAAGACACAGUUCGGUGUGUCAUUUUGUAUGUUUUAGCCCCUUAACUCUCCCAGGUAUUCGACAAAUGAAAUGUACCAGUUUCCCUAAAGAGAAAGCUCAUGUUUUAUAACUGGUUGAUUCAGAUUCACACCACAUUAUACCAGUGAGAGUAUUUGCGUGUUUGCCUGCUCACAAAUGGUUAGGGUUAGAUAUUUGAGACCUGGUGUGCUACAAUCGUAUUUAUUUCCACACAGAAAGGAAUGAAUGCUCAGAUUGAAUGUCCGCUAUCGGAUGACAGUCUCUGUCUGUCUCAAGCCUCCAUGCAUCAGAUAUCAUUCUAAAAAACGGUUAACAGUGAUGUAAAGUACGUGCGAUCUGUAUAUAUGGGCUAUUACAUACAAAAUGACCUGUAGGAAGGUCCUUUAGUGAUUGUUUCCAGAACUGAAAUAUGCCAAAUGCUCCAAUUUUUUUUUUUAUGUCUCUCAAGGCCUCUGUAGCUACAUUAUUAUGUGUGUUUAAAGCAUGACAGCAGGUCAGUUAACAAUCAUUUACUUCAACAGAAGCACAUUUUUGUAUUUCUUUUACAAAUGCAAAAAACUUGGAUAUUGGGUCACAUAUCAAAUAGAAGUUACUAUAUCUUUCCUGCAGCUAAUGCUUCUUGCAGCUCUGCUGAUGUUUGAAUUAUAUUGCUCUCUUUUGAGUGGCUUUUAAAAUAUAGGUUUGCGUAUUAAAGAUUAAAGGUUUCCCAGUAGAUUUGUUGUAAUUAGUGUGACUUGUGGCUAUGUGUCCAUGUAUAGUAAACUUAGCUGUAACAAGUGAUACAAUUAUUGUGAAUGUAAAGUGAAUUAGUGUGCUUAAAAAUCAAAUCUUAUCUUUACAAAUUCAUUUUUUCAACCAGUGUUGUUAUUCUUACUCUGCCUUACUCUAUUGCCCAGGGAAAACAAACUAAUAAUAUAAUUUACUCAUUCUACCCCAGUGAUUCAAAGGCAGACAGCAAAAAAAGAAACAUCAUUUGCUCGGUCUGCACACAGUUUUAAUGCAAUCCUUUGAUCAGCUUCUUUAGCCUCUGACUGAAAGCUUGCAUUAAAAAAAAACAAUUGCUGUACAGAUCAGAGUGUGUGGUUGCUUUUAGUUUUGGUGCAUCACCUCAUCUGACUGCACAGAAAGAAAGAGGUGUUACUGUUUUUGAGUAAUGUAAAGUAAGAUUACCUAUAAGGGUUGACACUGAAAUGUAAGACAAGAAUGUAUGAGGUGGAUGGGACGAAUAAAACAACUCAACAAGAAUAAGAUCUUUAAGUAGUGAAUGACUGAACAGGAAAAUCAUGCUUAGUUGGGGCCACCGACAGAUCUACCAAUCGUUCAUAUAAUCAAAUACUUUAUUUUAGUUUAAAGACAAACACAAGCUGGAAAGGGUAGUUUUGUUGCUUUUUGAAAUACAUAGUUGUACUUUUAUUUUGGGUUGUUUUGCAAGUAGGCAUAACCAAUGGAAAUUGAUCUUUGUGUUACUUUAAGCCCUCUCAUAUCAGUGUUCUCGUUUAGAACACCACUGGGGGACGCCGAAGACCAAAAUAUUGAAAUGUUACUUGUAGGUGCUUUAAGGUCACCUCAUUGAUUUUUUAAUAUAUUGUCUAUUUCUAACUAACAUCGCAGAGUGAUGAUUUACUUGUCCAGGUUCAUAUCCUUAAGACACCAUAUUUUAUCCAUAACAAGGAGGGGUGUCCUGUGAGACCAUGUUUAAUACUUUCUAGACAUCUUAUUCAAAACAAGGACCCUGUGAGCACUAGUUCACUUUAGCAUCAGAUACGUUAUAGAUUGUUAUUACAUUAGCUUUGUUGUUGAUUACAUUGUGUAUAUUUAUUUUUAAGAAUAAAUGCUUUGGAAAAUGAA